UGAUUAUUAAUGUAUCAAAGGUAAAUUAGUCUAUACAAUGAAUUAUAUUUUGCAAUCAAGUAUUAUAUCAAACAUGAAAAAUAAUUGGGCUCUUCGACACGACUAAUUUUUUCUAGCACAUUCAAAAAAAAUUGUACAUACAUAAAUUUAGAAUUAUAUUAUAUUACUUGUUCUCGCAAUAACUAAAGCAACAAUGUCUAGAAGAGGAGGUGGAAAUAAUAAUAAUUUGAACUCGUCUGUAGUAUAUUUGGGUCAAGUACCCUAUGAUUGGGAUGUGGCCACUGUUAAAUCAGUAGUUUGUGGUUCGGGUAAUGUGGUGGAUGUAAGAUUAGGAUUCGAUUAUGCUGGUAAGAAUAAAGGAUUUUGCUUUGUUGAAUAUCUUAAUCCAUCAGAAGCUCAAAGAGCUUUACCAUUCUUAACUCAAAUAAAGUUAUUUAAUCAAUCGAAUAAAGGUCAAUUUAAGAAAUUAAAAGUUGAAUUAUCCAAAGAAGGAUUUUUAAAAUCAAACUCUCCAUCGGAAGCAAAAACUGUACUUCACCUUGAUAGAAAUAAUUUACCUAGUUAUGUUCAACUUCCUCAAGAUAUGUUAGGUGGAAUACCACCCCAACAGAAUCCAUUAGGUUAUUCAAGACUGUCAAAUUCUCCUGCUCCCCAAAAUAUUUAUAGUCCUAGAACCAAUCAAUCCCAAAUACAAGGCCAAGGUCAAGGUCAACCACAAUCACAAAUUCAAAGUCAAUUACAAUCAAAACCAAAUGCUGGACCUUUACCUCAAAUACCGGCUAAGAUUUUAAGUGCUACUAAGCAUUUACCUCAACCUCAACAAUUACCGUUUGACAAAUCAUCUGAUAUUAAUCAAGUGUUAAGUAAAGUACCACCAGCACAGUUAAUUGAAUUAAUUGCUACGUUAAAGAACAUAUUGAAUUCUGGAGAUGAGAAUAAAGCAUUUGAAAUAUUAAAUUAUGGUCCUGAUAUUCUGUCAGCAGUUGCUCAAGCAUUGUUAUUAAUGGGAUUUAUUGAUAAUGAUGUCAUUAGUAGUGCCAAAGAUGCUCCUGCUAGACCUCCACAAAAUCAACCCAUACAGCCUCAACAACAAUAUCAAGCACCAUCAUUACAAAGUUUCAUUCCACCACCACCACCACCACCCCAACAACAGCAACAACAGCAACCUAUAAUGAAUAAUCAGUAUAAUAAUGGUCCACCAAAUUUACUGAUUGAUGCUCAAGCUAAAUUAAUGUCUGAUCAAAUGCCAAUUGCCCAAGUUUUAGCAUUGUCUCAAGAUCAAAUAGAUAAGUUAGGUCCGCAAGAAAAGGAGUUAUUAAAUUACUUAAGGUCUCAGUAUAAAACCUAAAUUUAAGAUCAUGAUCGGUUAGAUAAUUAUCCCGCUAUAUAUAGCUUGCUCUAAUAUAAAUAUAAAUAUA